CCCAGGCAGGGGACAUGGUGUGGGAAAGGCAGCAGGGACAGGGCCCAAGACUAGUGCCAAGGGGUCUGGAGACAUGAGGACAGGAGCAGGGAGAGGGCAGUUAAGAUGGUGAAGCGGAGCUGCCCUUCAUGUGGCCCAGAGCCUGGGGGUGAAGAGAAGAAGGGGAGAGGGAACCCUAUUUCUGUUCAGUUGUUCCCCCCAGAGCUGGUGGAACAUAUCAUCUCAUUUCUCCCAGUCAGAGAUGUAGUUGCCCUAGGCCAGACCUGCCACUACUUCCAUGAAGUGUGCGAUGCUGAGGGCGUGUGGAGACGCAUCUGUCGCAAGCUCAGUCCUCGCCUACGAGAGCAGGGUUCUGGAGUCCGUCCCUGGAAGAGAGCUGCCAUUCUUAACUACACGAAAGGCCUGUAUUUCCAGGCAUUUGGGGGCCGCCGCCGCUGUCUCAGCAAGAGUGUAGCCCCUCUUCUAGCCCAUGGCUACCGCCGCUUCUUGCCCACCAAGGAUCACAUCUUUAUUCUUGACUAUGCGGGGACCCUCUUCUUCCUCAAAAAUGCCCUGGUCUCCUCCACCCUUGGCCAGAUCCAGUGGAAGCGAGCCUGCCGCUAUGUUGUUUUGUGUCGAGGAGCCAAAGAUUUUGCCUCAGACCCAAGAUGUGACACAGUUUACCGUAAAUACCUCUAUGUGUUGGCCACUCGGGAGCAGCUGGAAGUGGUAGGCACAACCGGCAGCCGGGCCUGCGACUGUGUCGAGGUCUAUCUGCAGUCUAGUGGGCAGCGGGUCUUCAAAAUGACCUUCCAUCACUCCAUGAGCUUCAAACAGAUUGUGCUGGUUGGUCAGGAGACUCAGCGGGCUCUACUGCUCCUCACAGAGGAAGGAAAGAUCUACUCUUUGGUAGUGAAUGAAACCCAGCUGGACCAGCCACGCUCCUACACAGUCCAGCUGGCCCUGAGGAAGGUGUCCCGUUGCCUGCCUCACCUGCGUGUGGCCUGCAUGGCUUCCAACCAGAGCAGUACUCUAUACAUUACGGAUGAGGGGGGAGUGUAUUUUGAGGUGCAUACCCCAGGGGUGUAUCGUGAUCUCUUUGGGACCCUUCAAGCCUUUGACCCCCUGGACCAGCAGAUGCCACUUGCUCUCUCACUACCUGCCAAGAUCCUAUUCUGUGCUCUUGGCUACAAUCACCUUGGCUUGGUGGAUGAAUUUGGCCGAAUCUUUAUGCAGGGAAAUAACAGAUAUGGGCAGCUGGGAACAGGGGACAAAAUGGACCGAGGGGAACCCACACAGGUGUAUUAUCUGCAACACCCCAUUGCCCUGUGGUGUGGCCUCAACCACUCCCUGGUGCUGAGCCAGGGCUUGGACUUCAGCAAGGAGCUGCUGGGCUGUGGCUGUGGGGCUGGAGGCCGCCUCCCCGGCUGGCCUAAGGGGAGCGCCUCCUUCGUCAAACUCCAUGUCAAGGUCCCUUUGUGUGCCUGCUCCCUUUGCUCUACCAGAGAGUGUCUCUACAUGCUGUCCAGCCAUGACAUUGAGCAGCAUCCCGCCUACCGAGACCUACCAGCCAGCAAGGUGGUGGGGACCCCUGAACCCAGUCCAGGGUCCGGAGUACUCCAGGACCCUGGGGGGACAGCUUGGGCCUGUAAGGAGUACCUCAGCCAGAUCUACAGUUGCUCCACGUUGCAGGACCGCAUGGAAAAGAUGAAGGAGAUCGUGGGCUGGAUGCCCUUGAUGGCUGCACAGAAGGAUUUCUUUUGGGAGGCUCUGGACAUGCUACAGAAGGCUGCUGGAGGGGUUGGACAAGGCCCCCCAACACCUGAGAGCUGACCCCCCUCUCCUAGUCUCACCCCUGUAGGGAGAGUCUGGCUCUGGGCCAAAGGCUAAGGAGAGAUGGAGUGGUAGCAAUGAACACUGUGCAUGGGAAGGGGGCACAGUGGGGUGGGGACUGCUGGACAUGCCAGGGUGGGGUGGGAACUGUUUUGUAAAAUGUUCGAGGGGCUGCCCAGGAGGGGCCUCCAAUCUUACUAUCAUGGACAAGAGAUUUGAUGGACAAAUAGAAUAAAAGGCUGAAGUGAGGCCUAGUUUGGGAC